ACCGCCUCCAGGACACCAUGAAUAAGCUCAUCGUUGGAAGCCUUUUCCUGCUCUUCGCGGGCCACCUUGCCGCCGCGUCGAUGUUCGGACCCUUUGGGCCGUUUGCACAGCCGGCCGGUGGUGCCGCUGGUGGCGCCGCCUUCCCCGGAUUCCCCGCCCGCCCGGGUGUAGGCCAGCUGCCAUUCUUCCCACCUCAGCUGCCGUUCUUCCCGCCGCAGCAACCGUUCUUCCCAGCCAGUCCCUUCACGCCCGCCGUAGUCCCAGUCGUAGGUCCUGUGGUGGCGCCCGCCCUUGGCCGCGCUCUGCCGGCUCCGGUGACACCGACGCUUCCACCCACGGCCGGUGGAAAUCUCCGAACCGUCGUCUCUGCCUCGGAUGUAGUCGGUCGCCUGGCCGUGGCCGAUCUGCCUGAGGACCUGCAGCAGCGUGCCCAGGAGCUCCAGGCCGCCAGCGAGGCGGGUUUCGAUGCGUGCGAGGAGCUGCUCCAGCUACCCGGCGCCUUCUGGCAGUACAAGCGCUGCAAUGCGUUCCAGCUGCGCAACGUGCUGACCGCGGCUAAGGCCCUCGAGCAGGAGGCUACUGCCCGUGCCGCAGCAGCAGCCGCCGCUGCAGCAACAGAAGCCGCUGUAGCAACCGAAGCCGUUGAAGCCCCAGCAGCCGUUGAUGCCCCAGUAGCCCCGGUAGCCUAAACUACGGAACUCACGACUUACAGAGGUCUCAGCGAUGCCUCAACAUUAGCGUCCGCUGUGUGAGCACCGAAACAACAGGGAGAAGUCGCAUUCUUCCAGUGCCCACUCCCCGAUCACCAUCGCCCUACACCCCUUCCAUCGUUCAAAGGGGGGGAUCAACGCCAGUAGGGUCAAACCCUGCUCCGGCGUAGGAUGAAAUAUUACCUUUAGAAAAUCUUUAAACUUUUGUUAGCAAAAUGUGUUUCGGUUUUGUAUGUAUUUGAGUGUGUAUAACGCGGUAAUAAAGAGGAUGUGCCCAGCCCCGGCUGAUGUGUGGAGCUUACGCCACCCACACACACACACACACGCACA